UUAGUUCCCGCCAAAUCGUCCAAGGUUCCGGUUUGUCUCCAUGCGGCACAGCGCUUAUCCUUAGAGCGGUGGUUACCAACCUUCUUGCUCGCAGUGGACGUAACCUCAACUUCACUCCUCCACUCUCUCAAAUAAUCGCCUUCAGCCGCGCACAGAAGAAGUGCCCUCAACUCCAAUCUCCCCACCAACGCUUGCUAAAAUGGCCCAAUCAACCAUCCCCACCCUGCACAACCUCGCCCACUCGCAAGCAUUCCGCUGCCUCUGGGCUCUCGAGGAGAUCAAACUCGCCAACCCCGCUUUCCAAUACAAACUCGAAAACUACGCGCGCAUCGUAGGCCCGAACCCAGCCCUGAUCAAGCAUCAGCGAUUGGGUAAGUCGCCUAUCAUGACGCUCGAAACCCCGGACGGCUCGCCGCCCCCCACCAUGCGGAUCGAGCCCGGCGUGCUCACCGAGGCCCGUCUAAUCCUGCAAUUCCUCAACUCGGAGUACGGCAACCGCAUGUUCGACCCCCAGAGCGAAGCAGACGCGCGCCGCGACGCCUUCUUCCAGGAAUUCGCCGUCGCGACGGUCACCGUGAAGGUAGACUUCACCCUGCUGUUCGACAUCAUCCCGCAGUUUGCGCCGUUCCCCUUCAACUGGCUGCUCGGGCUGCUCACCUCGCCCAUCAUCAAGUACUGGCUCUCGGACCUGGAGCCCAUUUUCCAGCUCCUGGAGGACCACCUCAGCGAGGAGAAGCCGUGGUUUUCGGGCGAGAAGAUGGGGCUCGCAGAUAUGAAUAUGACGUUUGGCAUGGAUAUGGCGGAGCAGAGGGGGUACUUUAAGCCGGAAAAGUUUCCUAAAGUGAGUGCCUGGAUGGCGAGGAUCAGGGGGCGGGAGGCGUGGAAGAGGGCGCUGGAGAAGGGGUGUGGCUAUGAUCUGAAGACUUUUGGAAGGUAUGAGAAGGCGGACGGCUCUGGGAGGCCGAAAGUGGAUUAGCAUUUGAAUCCAGCAGAUGGCGUUGCUUUCGCUUCGGUCACUCUGGCCCGCCCGAGGACCUUUCACCUUUCAGACUUGUAAAGUGCACUAAGAAUGGAGGAAGGGAAGCAGGCAGAGGGUAUCAAAACAUAAUCGCUUUUGUACAGUUUGUAAGAUCAUUUCCUAAGUCCUGCAGCACUUGAGGUGCAAGUGG